UUUCAGAUGUCGACUAUAAUACACGAUAGUGUUUAUGUUCACACAAACGUGUGGACAUUUCACAGUGAACGACGUACGCGCCUAUAUAGUUGUUUUUUUUUUUUAAAUGCUUAUCCAAACUGUAUUGCGAUUUUCCUCUACCGGCUAAUGAAUUAUACAAACUCGGACCGAAUAGAAUAUUUAACUAACGAUAUGAUUUAUACGUAAGUAAAUUAAAUGUAAUAAAAUAAAACAAUAAUAAUAAUUAUAUAUACUAUAUAGUAGACAAUUUUACAUAUUUGAUUGAUACAUUUAACUAGCAAAAAACAUUAUUUAAAUUAAAUACCUAUAUUACCAAUUGUCGAUUUUAAAAAUAAGUAGACACAUGUAUAUUUAGUUUUAAAAUACAAAUAAAAUAUAUAGUAAUAAUAAAUAUUGUUAAUAACUUGAGCACUAAUUUAUCGUUAAUUUUAAAACUACACCAUUACUAUUAUCGAUAAUAUUUCUAUUACAAAAUAGACACUACAAAUCAUAAUGCGUAGAUACUCUAUAUUUGAAAACAUAAAAUUAUUACCAAACCUAAUUAUAAUAUAUGAUUUCCUUUUCUUUGCUUUUAAAAAUAUACAUACAUAUGUAUAAACUACUUUCAAUAGGUACCUACCUAUAUUUCGUUUAUAAUAUAGCUAAUAAAUUAUUACAAAUGUAUAAAAAAAUAUUUGAUCAAUCAUUUUUUUAGUCUAAUAUAGAUUUAAAAAUCAAUUCUCACGCUUUAAUGGUAAGUACAUAGCUUUGUUGUUCUAAAACUAAUAACUAAUGACGAAUGGCUCAUCUACUAAACAUUCUUAUCACCUGAAAGAUAAAAAUAUUUAUUUUCAAACGAAAAAAUAACGGUAGGUCCACAUAAACAAACUAGGUAUCUAUAUUGUUUUGAAUCCGAAAAACUAAUUUCAUAUCAAAUUUUUUUUUCUUUUCAAAAAUCAUUAGUAACAUAUUAUAAAUUAUAAUACAUUUAUAAUUAACAAUUACAUAUUAUAUUAUCGUUAAGUUAAUUAUCAAUAAUAUUUAAAUAAUUUAAGUUUAGCCUAACAAAGUAUAAAAUAAUGAAUGUUUAAAAAAAAAAAAAACCCCGUAUCUAAUUGAGAAAUUAUGAGACUUUAAAACUAAAAUGAAAAAUAAAAAAAAUUAAAACAUUCGGAGCUUACCAAUUGCAGAUUAAAACUAAAACAAAUAUAUACCUACUGAAUACAAUCUAUAAUAUUAUAACUAAACUAAAUUAAUAUCAACACAAAUAAAGAAAAUAAAUAGUUUAGCAACAGAUCAAACAGAUCAAGGUGUAAUCUAUUAAAACUUCCUGCCCGAUUACAUGUAUUUUUGCAUUAAGUAUAGUCAAUAUAGAAAAUUCCAUAUUUUAAUAAUCGUAUACUAAAAAGUAAUACUACACAAAUCAAUAUUAUGAUGGUAAAGAAAAAGUCAAAUACUGGUAAAUUCAAUUAUUUAAGAAAUAAAAUAAAUACGUUUUUUUUUUUUUUUUAGUUUAAAUAUAUAAUGAAAAUUAUCCACAUUUUUUGGAAUACUUUGUACAGUGAUUAUCAUUAAUAUCAAUGUUAAACACGGAUGAAGUAAUCGGAUUAGAAUUGUAAGUAUAACUUAAUCUUGUUAUUCAAAAAAUGUAAUAAUACAAAAAAUCCACCGUAUACUAAAGAUAUUGUAUCGUUUUAUAUAUAGAUGGUCCAAAAAAAACCAAAACAUUAUGAACGCAGCUGCGUUCAUGACUUUGCUUAUCAUGUGCAUAGGAAUUUUAGGUAAUGGCUUGACUAUAAUAGCUUUGCUGAAAAGUCCACGGAUUCGAAAUGUAGCGUCUGCGUUUAUUAUCAGGUACCUAUUGAAUAAAAAUAAUAUUACUCUAUACAAGAGUAUAAUUUCACCAACAGAAAAUGUAACAUGUAGAUCGUUUUACGGAUUAUUUGAAUAAUUUUGAGGACUUCAGAUACACACAUUAAUUUUUUUGGAGGGUAACUAAAAAACUAAUGGUUCGCUGAAUUUGAAAAUCAUCCGGAAAAAUCACCCAAAUUACCCGUAAAUUGACUAUGAUGUUAAAUUUGUGAUUUGUUCACAUGGUGAAAUGGUACUCUAUAUUAUAAGUAUUAGUUAAUAGUUAAUACAAUAUAAUAUUUUAUAUGAAAUAUAAAUUUGAAAAUAUGAAAUAAUAAAUACAUAGAAUAACAAUAAAUAAAAAAAAAAGAUUUCCAAUAAAAUAUUUAAACAAAUAAAUAAAGCUAUGUAAAUACACAUCAUAUUACAUAAUAAUUAUUAUUAACUAUGCUAAUCGUUAUUUUUAUUACAAAAUUGUGAAAUGUUUAAGUGAAUACUUUAUUUAUUACCAAUUACUCAUUUUAUGGUUGAUUUGUUUAAAAAGAUAUCUAUUAAAACUAAUUUUUAUCAUUUACUGAAACUUUUUUUUUAUAUUUUAAUGUGCAUUAUUUACAUGAAAAGAAUGCAUAUACGGCAUAUUUUAUAACUAAAUAAAAUAAAUGAAUAAUUGUGUUAUAUCUGGAUUAUUCUCUACAGUUUAGGAGCUGCUGAUUUAUUGUUCUGUAUAGCCGUGUUACCGUUCAGUGCAUCGAGAUUUUUGGAUUUUAAUUGGACUCAAAAUCCAUUAUUAUGUUCUAUGGUUCCAUUUUUUCAAUAUGGAAACGUAGGAGUUUCACUACUCUUCAUUUCUAUGAUCACCAUUAAUAGGUAAGUCACUUAAUAUGUAAAGAUACUUACCUACAACUAAUAUUUUCCCUCGACAGUUACCAGCUCAAAGACAUAGUAACAGACAAAAAAUAAAAAGGUGUCUAUUAGAGAACCAUUACGUCAGCAGUACUAAUGACUACUGUGGGGUGUCAAAUAUUACUAAAAACCUAAUAAAAUGUUUUAUUUUUCUGUUUUUGCUAAAGAAAUUAUAUUUUACUUUUAGACGAAUGCAAAAUAAAUAUUAAUCAACUAUACUGAGUUGAAAUUUAAAUCAGACACAGUUUUAGAAACAAGUGAUAAAUAUUUACUGACAAUUUAUUUAAGUGUCUGUGCAGUGUGUACAUUAAACGUUCUAUGCCGUAUAAAUUAUUAUAGUUAAAGCCUUAAAGGCAGUAAAGGCACUACGUUAAAGUAUUAAAAUCGUAUACAUCAACGUAUAAAAUCAUACAAAAAACGUAUAAUUGCAUCGACAAAAUCGAUAGAUGCAUUCAGUGAACAAACACGAGUAUACUGUAACACCACCAGUUCAAUUAAAAUAUUAAAUCGCACGUAUGAGAAAAUGAUACGACAAAAAUUCAUUAAAUUAUAAUUAAAUCAAAUAUUAUAUUUUGCUCUUUGUUCACGUUGAAUUCGAAAAGCGCGUCAAAUUUAAAACGCAAUUAUUUCCUAUAGGUAGGUACUUAAUUCAAAAUCACACCGUUAGAAAUAUAAAUUCUGUAUGAAAAAUAAAAAUACAAGACAAUAUUAUUACUGUGAUUAACACGUUAUUAUUAUAAUUAAUACAUUCCCUCGUUAAUCAUAGAGAUAAAUAUAUCCAUAACAUAUACCAGAAAUUAUAAUAAUUGCUCAAAAAGUUAAAAUUGUUAAUUUUAUAAUUUUAAUUUUAGCAAUAUCUUAAAUUUAAUAAAAAUAUACCAUAUUUUUAGAUAGUAAAAUGUUUACAACAGAUAUACAAACAUAUUUAAUUUUUAACCUUAAAUUUGGUAUUUAUUUAGACAAAAUCAACCUUAUCUAAUCUAAUUUGGAUUGGAUUUGUUCAUAUGUGUAAUGUUUUAAAACGUUAAAAUAAAAAUUAUGAGGUAAAACUAGAUAAAUGAUUUCAGGAUUUGUUUGAUAAAUUGUCUACAUUUUUGAUAAGACACAACAAAGUUUAAACAUAUUUGUUUCUUUAUAAUUUGUAUACAAAUAUCAUUUAGAAAUUAUCUCUUAAUAACUACACUGUUAAAAUAAACCAAACUCUAUUUAUAAUCGUUUUUCGAAUAUGCUAAUUUUAUAAUUGCUUUCAAAUAAUAUACAAUAAUAAUAACUGAGCAGUAAUAAAUCAAUAGAUUAUUUUCCGAACUUCCCAGUUCAAUGCUCUAAAAUCGUACUACGCAUUAUAAAAGAACGGCAAGAAAAAUUAAAAGCUAGAGCGUAUUAACAAUUUUUUUUUUCAAUUUGUAUUUUUGAUUUUUGCCAGAAAUAGUAUUUAGAAAGCGAUAAUUGUGCGUUUAAUUGUUUUUUUCCUACAAAUUUGACUUUAUAAUUUGUCACAAAAAUAUCAUAUAUAUAUAUACUGUAUAGUAGUAUAAGUCAUUCAUUCGAGUGUAAACCAUAUUCGGCAAUGGUUUAUUAUAUCACGGCCAUAAGACGUGAAUAAACGACGUUGUGUCGCGUAUUCCAUUUCGCUGAGUCUCUCUAUAUAAUAUAUGGACGGAUUUCAUGUAAAAGGGGCAAGUCAUCGUAAACAGUUUACGUUUCAGGAGACGACAAACCCAAUGAAAAAUGUUUUCAGAUGUUUUUAAUUUAAUUUAAUUUUAAGAUAUAGAUUAUAGAUUAUUUAUAUUUGAUGUAUUUUAAAAAAAAAUUGAUUAGGAACUUAAAUAAUUGUUGUGGUUUACAAUCUUUAAUAUUUAAAAUUAAUAAUAAUACAACUUAUCCUCAUCCUCACAUUUGGCUUGUUACCUUAUAAAUGUAGUUAGAUGUAUUUCUAUGGUUACUAGACUAUGGUUAACAGCUCAACAUUUAAUCACCUAACUUUGUGUCUACUGAUCAAAUCAAUUAUUUAGGUAUUUACAUAAUGGACAAAUUCGAAUGAAACGUUUGGUCAAAAUUGCAAGUCAAUCGACUGACUACUUUUCGAGUUUUUCGAACACAAACAUACGCAGGCUGAAUUUCUAUAUAUAAACAACAUAUUGAACUGAUACAAUUAAAAACUUGGCAAAUAUUAAUAUAAAUGUAUUUAUUUUUUACAUCAUAUCAGUAUUACAUCAUUAUCUUUUAAAGCUUGGGCUUAUUUGUUUUGCUUUUUAAGAAUUUUGGGGGAGUAUAAUAUACAAUACACAACUACGAAAUUGCUUUUAUAAUCAUUAUUAAUGGCGGUUUCAAUUAUUACAACAUUUACUAUCAUUCGUUUUGUACUAGUAGCUGCAAGCGAGUUUAAUAUUUCAAAUCGUUAACAUAGCUCACGUUCUCUUGACGAUAAUAGAAUCGAAUGUAGAAAAUCAUGAUCUGAAUAGAAAAACCACCCGUAUGAUGUAGAAAACAAUAUUCCAGUUAAUGACGCGGCCGGAUGACAAAAUGUUUGAGUUGGUAUAUUAUUAUUAUAUAUACACAGCAGUAGAGGAUAUUAUAUGAACGUCGAGUAAAAUAACAACAAUAGGUGAUAAAAGACAACGUAGCAAAAGCUUGUUCGCGGCGAAAGUUCAAAAGUAGCAGCAGUAAGAGCAGACGACACAGAUAUAAUGGAGCAAUCACUAAUGUAGGCUAAGACUGUCGGUAUAUUAUAACAACACACAUUCGCAAUCGCAAACCGAAAAUAAACGAAUAGGACGUGAUAGAAUUACAAAAGGCAAUAAAUUAUAAUUGUUUUGUUUUAAACGACAUUUUAAAUCGAAUUAAUAAUGUAAAUUAAUACACCUAAUUGAGAUUUUUGCAGCAAGAAACUUUUUAUCGAGAAAUAAAACGCUUGAAAUAAUCUACAGACUCUUAAAAAAAAAACUAAAAUAUCUUAUUUUUUCGAACUAGUAAAAUAAUACAUCCAUAUUCGAUAGGAAUUAUUGCAGAUAUUGUCUACUUGUCCUAUAAUCAUAUAUUGACAUUAAACAAUAAUAUUAGCAACUUGGUUCUACACAUAAAGACCCUCAUAUUCGUUAAUUUUUGGGAAUUUUUUGCUGUAAUUCGGUUAUAAACACACGUAAAGACUUAAAACUUGGUAAUAAUACUUAUAUUGGACAUACCUAGACGUGGUAAAAUGUCCAAAAUCAUCGGGCGACUAUUUUUUAAUAAACGUUUUGAAAUCAAAUUUAAAAGAAAAUCACAAAAAAAUUACAGCAUUUCAAAUUAUGUAUUACCGUACUGCGCUCGGAAUCGUCUUUCGUAAAGCAAUGGUUUAUCGUUGCUUACAGAUAAAAAUGAAAUAACCUUAUGUAUCCUACCUUUCUACCUUCUCAUCUACAACAAUGACUGCUUCCAUCCCCAAUAUCAGAUUUUUUUUUAAAUUGAAGUUAGUCAAUCAUUAUUAAAAAUUUAAUAUAAAAAUUAUUACUCAUCUAUCAAAAUUUAAACAUUAAAAACAAUAUAACCUUUAAAAUCGAAAACAGAGGCUGCUGUGUAAUGUGUAUAUUUUGUAUACAUACUUUGAAACCUUUUAAAAUACAUUAUACCAACACAGAAAAAUAACUGAUUCUGGGGACGGGUGCAGCCAUUGUUGUAGGUGGGGGUAGUUGGGAAUGCGGGAUACAUAAAGUCAUUUAAUUUAUACCAAAAAUCAACGAUAAACCAUUACUGAUAAAAAACGAUUCGAAACUAAUUUCAAUUAUAUAUAUUUUGAAAGGCCGUAAUAUUUACGAUUUUUGUCAAAAUUUGAUUUUAAAACUUUUAUAAAAAAAAAAAAAAAUAUAUUACACAAAACUUAAUACAUAAUAAUUUGCUGUUUAGGUUUUUAACUUAUAAUUUUCUUUCGAGUUUUUCCCAAUUAUUUUGAAAACCCUUCAGAAAAUCAACAAAUGACCUCCCCAAAUGCACCAACUAGAUAAAAUUAUCUUUCAGAAAAAGGACUACACUUGAUACUUCAGAGCAUGUUUUCUAAUAGAAAAAUUUUCAGACACAAAAAUUUAAAAAAAAAAAAACAUCAUAACGCUCUGAAUCUAAAAGAUAUAUUUAAAAACAAUAUUCCAUAAGUAGAAAAUAUUAUUUUAUACCUACAUCGAAAAAUAUAAAUAUAUUUAAUAUUUAUAUGUUAUUAAAAGUAUAUUAUUGGCAUAAUCAAAUAAAUACCGAUGUUUUGUUAUUAACUGUAAAUUUGCUUUUACAUAUUUCAUAUAUAAAAUAAUAUUAAAAAUAAUAAAACGCACUUUUAUUAAUCUUUAAUAGGUUUUCGUUACUCUCGUAGUUUUAAAUUGUAUAUAAAUGUACGUGAUAAUUAUUAUCUUAAUUGUAAUGGUCAGACAUUUGAAAAUCGUCUGAUUUUUCCAUACGCUUUCUGAAUACGAAAAUUUAUUUAUUUCAGAUACAUAAUGAUCGUCCACACAAGUUUAUACAAUAGCAUAUAUCGUCCAAUAUGGAUAGCUUUAAUGAUAACGUUUUGUCUGAUUCUAGCGUUUGGCAUGCAAGUACCGACCUUAUUGGGUGUAUGGGGUAUGUUUUAUAAUCCUUAAUAUAUUAUUUUCCGACAUUUUAUUCAAAUUUCAAGCAAAAAAUUAUAUUUACAACAGUAUUUUUUAUUAAAUUUUCGUUUUAGGUGAGUUUAAACACGAUCCGAAAUUAGGUACGUGUUCGAUUACAGUCGAUAAAUGGGGUCGAUCGUCUAAAACCGCACUGUUCAUCACCGGUUUUAUCAUACCGUGUAUUGUAAUUGUUUGCUGUUACACCGGUAUAUUUUGGGUCAUUCGUAAGUAAGUAUAUACCUAAGUAUAUAUCAUUACAGUCCUAUAUAUACCAAUUUGAUUUAUAAGUUUAUAAUUGAAUAUAUGUAUUGGGCCGUGUUAAGGAUAGAAGACAAUGGGAACAUUUUCCGCCGGGGAGCCAAAGCUAUUAAAAUAUUGGGGCGUCCGCGUCCGGCUUAAUAUGAAUUCAAAAUAAAAUCAACAAUAUCACUAUAUUUGUAUAUCACAUGUGAGUUUUUUUAUUUUCAAACAAUUUCCUUAGAGGAAUAAUGAAUAUUGUUUGAUGAUUAAAAGAGUGCAACCAAGUACCGAAAACUUGUAUGUUUACCUUUACUUACAAAAAUUCAGGACUAAAGAAGAAUCUUAUUUGAUAAAUGUAAAAUUUAAAAAUUUGAAUAUAAAUUUAAUACAAUUAUAAAAAAAAUCAACAAAUGUACGGGGGAUUAAUCCCCAAAUAAUCUUCAAGUAAGACUUUAAGAAGUGACGCUUACAAAUUGAUGCCCUUGGUCACUAAAUGACUUAACAUGGCUCUAUAUAUAAAAAUAGUAUAAUAGUAUAGUAGAAAAUUAAUAUUCACAAAAUAAAGUAAAUAUAAAAGUUGACACUCCAGGGAUAGACCAAUGUUGUGGGUGGGAAUUUGAGAAGAUAGGAUAUAUAGUGUAAUUUAACCUAUGCACUGUAGCAAAAAAUAAAUCAUUACAAACGAAAAAACGAUUCUGAACGGUAUGGUAUAGUAUUGUCCGUGUUUUUUUACCAAGGCCACCCAAAAAUCAACAAACAUACACUAAGGGUUGAACAUUUUCAUAAAUAUUAUUUUAUAAUUUAUAUUAUAAACAUAAGCUACUGCAUGAAAAAUUAGAACAUUUGGCUAAACAAAAAAGUAUUUAAAAAAAGAAAUUUGUUUGUAAAAGUAUUGGCAAUUUUGAAAAAAAGUUCAAAUAAAAUACCCUCAAGCGAUAAAAAUGCGCAUUAUUUAAAGUAUGUGGCGAAAAAUCAGACCAAAUUUAUAAACCAUAAAGACAUUUUCUGAGAAAAAAACACAUCUUUGAAAAACUAAUAAAGUUUUUCGUUAUACUCGAUAUCUAAAAAACCACAAAAUAUUGUUUUUAGAGUUAGUCCUCUUUUUUAUUUUUUAACAAUUUAUACACACACGUAAUGCUUUAAUACCUAGUUAUAAAUAAAGUGAAAAUUCUUCAGUAUAAAUCCGGUAUUUUUACAAAUACUCACUUUUGAGAAAAAAAACGUAUUCGAAAAGUUAACACAAUUUUCGGUUUGCCGUUCCAGAAUAUUGGAAAAACCUAACAAAAAGCACUUACACGUAUAAAUAAAGUAAAGGGAAAUGUUUAAAUUUUAAUUUUAAUAACUUCAAUCUCUCGGAUCAUUUUUUUUUUUAUGUAUAAUCUAUAGAUAGUGUUUGAAGUCUGAAAUAUUUCACCCUAAUGUAAAGUAGAUUAGUAGAUUUAUAUUAAUUAUUUAUCUAUUUCACUAUUUGACCCUAUUUCCUAACAAAUAUAAGCUUCCCGCUAGUUUAGGAAAUAAUUAGAUAACAGUAUUAUUAUUUUUCAAUAGUUUUAUAUAAGUGUUAUCAUGAGCAAGAAUAUAACGCUACCUACCAUACACGUAAUAAUUAUUAAUUUUACAUUUUGACUGAUUGUAUCAAAAAAAAAAAACAGCAAAGAAAAUAUUUUCAAUUUUGUUAAAUACAAAUUGUAUAUAAUACGAAAUAUUAUAAAUUAAAGAUAAGAAAAAUAUGUAUGUAGUGAGAUAUUAUGUUAUUUAAUUAUUUUACAAGAUAGAAAACAAAUAAUAAUAAUAAUAAUAAUAAUAAUAAUAAUUGAAAUAUUUCACUGAGGUUAUUAAAAAAUGUUAUAAUUCAUGCAAUUUUUAAACACUGCCUAAUAGCCUAUACCGCAUUAUUAGAUUAAAUUUCAUAACUACUGAAUUCUACAACAGAAUACAUUAGAAAAUGGUCCAUUGACUUAUUAAUAGUUGGAUUGAUAAAGGUGAUAAUUGAAUUAAUUUAUAUGAUUAAUACCGUGAGUUACACAAUAAUGCAGAUGGUCAUUACAUUAUUAGAUCAAUUAUUUUAUUUAAAACCAAUAAAAUUAUUAUAACAUAACAGUGUUCAGCUAUUGUUUAAGUCGACUACGGUGACGCGUCUUCUCUAAGAUACCUAUAUAGACACCUAAACCUAUAUCUUAAUUAUAUAUAUAUAUAUAUUAAUUGAACUAAUAGAAAAUAAUAAGGUUUUUUAUUUUCAAAAUAGUAACCUGCAAGUAUACAUAUUAUAUGAAUUAACUUAUUUUAAUUAGCAUUUCUAUAAUAAUAAAUAAUUUCAGUUAAAAUAUUACCGAAAUAAUUGGUUACCAAAUGUGACUCAUAAUUUUUAUUAUGAGUAUUAUUACGUGUAAAAAGUAGAACGUUAUAUACCCAUCAAAACCCAAAAACCAUAAUUAAAUUAUAUAUAUCAUAUACCAAUUAAUAUAAUAAUAAAAAAAAUGUAACGCAAUAAUAGUAUCAACAGUAAUAAUAAUAUCAUUCUAUUAAAUUACAAGCUGAAAUAUGGUAUUCUACCAACAAUGUAACUAUAUGUAUAUCUAAUAAUUAAAAAAAUGAAAAUAAUAAGUAUUUUUAGAGAGCCGGAGUAAUCGGCUAAUUCACUGUAUCAACUAUACUGUACACAUAAUAUGUUACUUAAAAUGUAUAUUAUUCAUGAUCGUAGUUUUUUUUUUUUUACGAAUUAUUAACAAUUUAGUAUUUACUAUUGAUAAUUUUUUCUAUUUUAGAAAUUAAGGGUCCAUGACCUAUUUUUUUUUUUUCAAAACAGGUAUUUAUUAAAAAAAAAAUCCAAUAUCACGUAAACAGAUUUGACUAAGAACCGUUUUUUAUGUUAGAAAGAUAGCUUGAAAUUUGUUUUUUUCCACCAAAAAAAACCCCUCGAAAAACUAGUAUGAAUUGGCCAAUAGGUAACUCUAACUAUAGCGUUAAGAAAUAUAAUUUUUAAAAUCCUAGUCCAAUGUGCCCUAUAAGAAGUCUUCAUUUUUCCAACAACAAUAAAAAAAUCGAGCUGAUACCGGGAAAAGAGGCGACCACUGUUACAUGCGGGAAGUUGGGAAGAUAGUAUACAUAAAGUCAUUCAAUUUAAUUAUGUAGACAUUAUGUAUCCGAUUUUUCCGAAUAUUUUAAUCCCUAUACAUUUCUAUACCUAUAUUUAUAUUAUUAAGUAUAUUACUCUAACGAUGUAAUUAAAAUUGAUAAUAUUAUAUUUAUAGGUCGGAAAACCGUAUGCUGAAACAUCAAGUUUCUACCAGAAGCGAUUCUACGGUGAAAAACAUGCAAGCUAUAAAAAGGAAACGUAACGAAUGGCGGAUAACAAAAAUGGUGUUGGCUAUAUUUCUUUCUUUUGUAAUUUGUUAUUUACCGAUUACUAUAAUCAAAACGUCCGAUCCAAACGUUCGUUAUCCGAGUAAGUCAUAAAACGCCUAAUAAUAACGUUUAAUUAUAUAGGUAUAUAAAAUAAAUUCAAAAAUAGUUUCCACGCAUAUUAUUGAGGUGUUUUUUCUGAAAUUAUAAUAAUUAUAUUGUGUAUAUUAACCUAAUGGAAGGUGAUGCAAAAUUGUGAAACGAAUACACAUCACCAAUAUAUUUACUGUCACGGUCUUUCGGGCGUACACUUAUUACAAUUUAAUAAUUAAUAAACAUUGAUCUAUAUAUUUUUAUAUUUCAUUUUAGUAUGGCUUAAACGAAAGUAAUACAAAGUAUCGGGCAUGAAAGAAAAAACUUCUUUACAUUUAUUUGUUUAUUUUAACGUUUUAAUUUUUAUAUAAGACGCUAACUUUAAUUUUGUUACCUAUUAAACUGAUUGUAACACUUUGUUUACAUAUUUUAUGCACAAAAAAAAUUAUAUCUUUUUUGAUAUUAAAACAGAUAUUUUCAGAUAUUAUUUUGAUACAACGGAAUAAUUUUAUCCCAACACACACAAUAAAAAUUGGUUCGUCAAUAAACAUAAAAAAUAAUAUAAUAUACGUAUAGAUAGCAAACUAAACUAUAUAAUCAAAACUUAUGUUUUUUUUUAAUAAUCCAAGAAUUAUGACCAAUACCCGACAAACGAGUAGAUAGUAUACAUCCUUUUUUUUUAUCUACAGUAAACACACGCACGCUUACCUAUAUACUUAGGUACCUACCUAAAUCCAAUCACUGCGAUGAUAGAAUAUAAUAUAUUUGAGUAUUAAAUUACUUUUUCUUUUUUUUUUUUUACGGCUCUUUUAUACGUUUUCAGAAAAAAAAAUAUAUCACUAUAGGUAUUUAAAGUGUAUCUAUAAAAAAUCUCAAAAAACAUAAUACUUAUACAAUUUUAUACAGGGUGUCCCACGAAAAUAUUAAACCCAUUGUAAUAUCCCCGGUAAUAAUAAAGAUAAUAAAAUUCUAUUUUUUUAUAUAUAUAUUACUCACGGAGAUAAGGACCACAAAUAUUUACAUUUCAAUUAACUUUUUAUGUUUUGGUAAAAAUCCAAAAAAAAACUUUUAUUAUUUGCGACAAAUUUGAACAAUAAGCCAUAACAACAAUAUAUAGAGUUUAUUCUUCUGAAAAUUUUGACAUGCCAACUUUUUAUUUUCAUUUAAUUCGUGAUUUUUAAUAAUUUUUUAAAUUUUCGAGAAAAAAAUUUACAGUCAAUAAGCUAUAAUAAUAAAAAUCAAUCAGCGAUGAUUACAGCUUACUGCAUAACUAUAGGUCGCUAAUUUUCUCUGAACUUAAAUACUAAUUAAAAAUCACGAAUUCUAUGAAAAUAAAAAGAUGAGACGUUAAUAUUUUCAGAAGAAUACACUCUACCACUCUUUAAGUGUUAGUGUAAGUGUGGCCGUACUGCCACACUAACGAUAUUACACUACUCUCCUCCAACCCAUAUUUAAAAGUAGUAUAUCUCGUCAACAGCUUGACGUAAAUCAAAAAUUUCAACACUAAAAUUUAUUUAAACUAAUCCUCAAAUUAUUUAUAAAAUUUUUAAUAUAAGUUGCCAUUUGACAUUCAAAAGUAGGUAGUUUUACCCUCGAAAAUAAGGGUGACAAAAAAUAACACAAAUAUAAAAUUGUGGAGUAGCUUGCUUCUUAAAUGUUCUAAAAAACAAAUUUCGGAAAAAGGUUAAUACUUUCCGAGAUAAUGAGUGUGCCCACUUAAAUGAAUCACUUGGCAAAUAAUAGUUAUCCUCAAAUUUUUCGAAAAUAAUAAAAUUAAAACUUAUUUUUUUUUAUUAUUUUUACCAAAACAUAAAAAAUUAAUUGAAAUGUAAAUAUUUUUAGUCUCCAGUGAGUAAUAUAAAAAAUUAAUAGAAUUUUAUUAUUUUUAUUAACUCUGGAGGUAUUACAAUGGGUAUAUCUUUGUGGGACACCCUAUAUAUUGCUUUUGAACUGGAAUAUUUGAAAAUGUAUAAAUAUAUACAGAUGUUAAACUGUUAAAAUGGUAUUAAAUGUGUACAAACUGAAUUUCGUUAUAAAUUAAAUUGUGCACGCAUAGACCGAAAAUAAUUAAAAAAUGAUAUAUUUUUUUUUUAUUUAUAGUUCUUCACUUAAUUGCGUAUAUCACGCUUUACGCGUCAGCGUGUUUCAAUCCGAUCAUAUACGUCAUUAUGAACAAACAAUAUAGAAAAGCGUACAAAUCUGUUUUAAAGUUUGGAUACUGCGAAUCGGCUACGAAACGAGUACCCGUGUUAAGAUCUAUUUCAAAACGUCUACAUCCGCACGGUAACUACCUUUUAAUACUACCUAUUAAUAUAAUUUGGUUUGCAAAUGCUCAAAUACACUAUUUACUUAUGUAAACAGGGCUUGGAACCGAAAUUAAAAAUACCGGUAUUUUAAUCAGAAUAUUUUGAAAAUAUUAGAACCAGACCUUACCGAAACCCCUUUUUUUAUUUCUUAGGAACCUAAACCGGAACCGGAACCGAUAUUUGAGGGCCGUGCGUUUUGCGCCCAUUACCUUUUUCGUACUAUUUCGAACUAUUAUCGAAAUCUUUACCUGCUGAAAUUAUAUAAGGCGGACUCAAAAUUUUAAAUUAUGUAAAAUUAAUAUAAUAUAAUAUAAUCAUAUAAAAUUGUCAAUUUAUUUUAGUUUAAAUGUUUAAUAUCAUAUUAGUUAUCACAAACGAUAAAUGAUAGGUACUUAUAAUAGUUAUACAAUUAUAUUUCACGUAAUUUUAUACGCAUGGAUUUUCCAUCAUAAUAAACUAUAAAUCUAUGUAGACUUCAGAUAAUCAAUAACCAUAUUAUUAUUAUCGAUCAAAUGUACACCGUUUGUAGUGUUUUGAUUUAAAAUUAUAUAAAAUUAAUAUAAUAUAAUAUAAUCGUAUAAAAUUGUCAAAUUAUUACAGUGUAAAAUAUUGUAUAAAAAACAAUAAAAUAGUACAUUACGAGUGCAUAAUUGUCAACUGUUGUCUAUUAUACAUAUAAUUUUAAGUGAAUAGUCCGCCUUACAUUAAUUCAGCAGGUAAAGAUUGGGCGCAAAACGCACGUUACAGAUAUUUGUUGGAAUAGACUUUCCAAUUUAAAAAAAUGACCAUGAAAAUGAAAAUAAUUUCUUUAGAAGUAGUUUAUGGUUUACUUUAUCAAAUGCGUUCUGAAAAUCAAUAUAAACCGAAUACAAUUGGGUACAAUUAUUAAGGACUUCACGAAAUUUAGAUUGAUAAAAUAAAAUGAAAUUGUUUUAUUAUUUUAAAAUUAAAUUUACAUUGUAUAAAAAAAAUUACCUUCGAUAAAAUACCUUAAUAAUAAGUCAUUAAGGAUGACAUAUUUUUCAAAAACUGACCAAAAAUAACCUUCAUAACAUCAGUCAUUAUAGAAACGUCAAAAUGUUCGAUUAUUCUUAUUAUAAGCUAUCGAAUAAUAACAUCAUUGUUAUUGUAAUUGAUUCAUUUUUAGAAGAACUAAGGAAGGAAUUGAUUCUAUUUUUUUUUUUAAAGAAAGAGAAACGUGAAUUAAUUUCUUAUCUUAAGUAAUAGGAAUGUAAAUACUUAUUGUAAUUCUUUUUUUGUUUUCGGAAAUGUCUUUUUAAUAUAUUUGGGGAGAAAAAUUUAGUUUAUCAAGUCUUUAAUAAACGAGACGUUAUCAACAAAUUUAUGUUGACAUACGAAUUGAUAUUCUGAUUACGAUAAUAUUUUCUAAAUCAUGUAUUAUAAUUUAUAAGUUAACUAUUACGAACGAUAUCAAAUCUAAUAACGAAAAUUCAGUAACGGAUACAGGACCCGAUAUUUGUAUCUAUUACACAAUAACAAGUACAUAUCAUGAUAUUAAAAUAUUUUUUUUAUAACAAAGGGGUAAAAAACGAGUUCCUUUUAAUAUAAAAUGAACGAAGAACUGAACGAAUGACUUUUUAAUUUGUAUACUGAAGGAAUGCGAAAUUUAACUAAUUUCUAUGUAAAAUGACAAAACAAAUACAACAAAACAAAUAACACUAAUUAAUAUUAUCCAUACAAACAAAUAACCUACAAAAUAAAUGUAUUACACAAUAAAUUAUAUUAGUAGUCAUUUUAUCAUAGUUAUUAGUUAUUUGGUACUAUCUGUUGCAUUAGCGGACCCUGGCAUUUAUUCAUUUUUAUUUUGUUAGAGGGAGGGGACAAAACCAUUUACAAAAAUUAAACUUGGUAUACACUUUACCAUAAUACAAAAAAAAAAUUAUAUUGUAUAAAGUAUACUGCGGUGUUUGGGGAAAACAAAUUACCUUAUUGCCUCCUCUCGAUUCGUUGUAAAUCAAACAAAAUAACAGCAAAUACAACAAAAUGGUAUUUAUACUUAUUAAUUCUAAACGUGUCAAAAAUUGUGGGCAUAAGCAUGAGCCGAUAUCGAAUAUCGGCUAAUAUUGGCAACAUCGGAAAAUCGGUUAUCAGUUUUUUUUUAAACCGAUAUCAACUAUGUGUGUAAUAUUAAAUCAUUAAAAAUUUAAAUUUCAGGAAGAUUUCAUCAAGAAGACGGGUGUAAAACAGUCAUAUCGCAGGUAUCGAUUGCAUUAGAACCACUGAAUAAGAACAAUAAUUCGAGAUGAAUGAAACUUAAAAGUGACUAGAAUAAAAUACCAAUAUUACACAAUUUAACUUUAAAAUAAAUAGUUUAUAAUAGAAUAUUUUAUUUUCCUAACAUUUUUUUUUCGUCGUUAAAACACCUACUUGUAUCAUUACCGAAAAUCCUCAUAUCUAUGAAAAAAAAAAUAUAUGAUAAUUUUGUUAGUUUUACACAGUUAUAAUCUUAUGAAUUUGUUUUUUUUUUUUUGUUUCCUUUAAAAUGAUAUUACACCAACAACAUUUGUCACCUCAAUAAACAUUGUAUAUAUUUGAAUAUAAAUCAUCGACAUUUAUUUUUCUUUCGCUUUUUAAAUAUGACAUUUCGGCAACUUGAUUUAUACAGUCUUCGAUUUAUACAUCAGUUUUUAUUAUUUACAGGUCCCGGGCACAAACCAAUAUCUUCCGUUUUCGCACUGUUUAUUUUCAUAAUCCAUUACAUUGGAUAUCGCCUUUACUUGGCAUUAUUAUUUGGUACUUUAUCGUCUCGUCUCAGAAAAAUAACGUAGCAUGGACAAAAUUUCUUUGGUAUUGUUAAUUUUGCUUUUAUUUUGUAUUUGUUUUAUUUGUCUGUAAACAAUUUAAUGAUGGUCGUAUCGGAUUCCUUUCUUAACCUUAGCUGUGAUAAAGGGAUUUUCUGCGUAUAAAAUAUUAUCUUCUUAUUAAGAGAUUUCAAAAUAUGGUUUUUGAUAUUACACUAGAUUUUUAUUUCUAUACAAAAAUGUAUAUACCAACACAUUUCUACUCUUGGGCUACUCUUCUCCGGGCCACCAACUAUUUACAUGUUUCUGUUAAGUAGAUAUUAUAUUACACUCUAACAUAGACAAAAUAUUAAAAUUAAAUGCCCUAUAAAAUUGGCAUAGAAAAUUCACAAAAUCUUAAAUUAGUUUAUAUUGACUGACAGUUGAAAUUAAUUGCCGAAUAUUUCAUAAGUGGUAAGUGUAUUAUCAUAAAAUCACUAUUUGUUGAUAUACUAUUCGAAAUUUGUUUCACUUGCAAAAAUAUUAAUUCGAGUA